UCAUGCAAAACACCAUCGAGACAAAAAGGGAAAAGAGGAAGCAGAGUGUGGCCCGGGCUGUGCAUGUUGUCAGGAGGAAAUGGUAUGCAGCUCAGGCGGGGCUGCCCCUCUCUCUGUCCGGUAGCUAUCGUCUCAUCUAUUAACAUUGACACAGACAACAAUCUGUUUCCAACCGGAACACAAGGCUCCGAGGCACAUUUUGUGGAAGUAUCUUUGCUCGGUAUGCCCGAAAAACUGCACAACUAAAGGCGAUGGCUUCGGUGCGGCUGGUCGGUAAAGUUACGGCGAGACUUUUAGGAAGUAUUCAGCCUCUUCACUGCGGGAUCAAAACUACUCGUCCUGUCACAUUUCUUCGCCAGGUUCAACAGAGGCCAACUCUACUUGGAAAUUGUCAAGCUCUCUUCUGCAGUACACUCGCACCCUCCAAUGACGCAUCUUUGAGGUACAAAUAUGGCCGUUUGGUUCUGGAGGUCCCUUUGCCCUCCAGGAACGAGAAAUGUCUGUUCUUCCUCAGACCCAUGCUGAUGAGCGUUGGAGACCUGAUCGCAGAUCUGCAGAGAGAGGACCCCGGAGCCACCACCUCCAUUCUCUCAAAUGAUGGAGAGCGUGUAGCCAACACGACUCUGAUAGACGACCUGCUGGACAAGGACUUCCAGCUCGUCAUCAAUAAUGCCGUUUAUAAUGUCUGCGCUCCUGAAAAGGUGUGUACGUCCAGUGAGCACGCCAUGGAGCUGGAGGACAUGAAGCAUGUUGUGCAGCUGCUGCACACGGCACUACACCUGCCCGAACACCACCUGCUGAAGGAGAGGGAACUGCUGGAGAAAAUGGACAACCUCAAACAGGAGCUUUCACCUCUGGAGGAGAUGAAGGCCCAGCUGUCCCAGAAAGCAAACUUCAAGAGCUCCAGGGUCGUGUGGACGGGCCUGGCCCUGUUAUCUGUGCAAGGUGGCGCUCUGGCCUGGCUCACCUGGUGGGUUUACUCCUGGGACGUCAUGGAGCCCGUCACCUACUUCAUCACCUACGCAACCAGCAUGGGAGCGUUCGCCUAUUAUGUCCUGACCAAACAGGAUUAUGUGUACCCAGAUGCUAAAGACAGACAGUUCCUGCAUUACUUUCAUAAGGCGGCCAGUAAGAAGACAUUCAACGUGCAAAAAUACAAUGAACUUAAGGAAGAGCUAGCUGAGGUGGAGGAGGACCUGAGACGUCUGAGAUAUCCGACUCAGUUUCAGCUACCACUUGAACAGAUCCAGCCAAAGCCAUGAAUGAUGGUCACUCACACUAAACACUCAAGAGCAAAAAACAAAAGAAAGAAAAAACAAUUCUGCUUUAUUUUGAUAAUGGCACCUUUUUACCAGGAAUCCAAACCAUUCUGUGUUUUGUUUACAGUCUUGAUAAUGAUGCCAAUUAUGUCUUUGAGAAAAAGUACAAACUCUAUAGACUAUUGAAAUAAAAAGUAUUUCCCAAA